GCUGGUCACGCGGCCUGGUGUUGACACUUCCGGGUGGGACCAAAGUGAGGCGGCUGGGCAGGGGCUGGUAGCUCCGGCGGCAACCAUGGCGUAUAACGGCCUCACUGUGCCUCUCAUCGUGAUGAGCGUGUUCUGGGGCUUCGUCGGCUUCUGCGUGCCCUGGUUUAUCCCUAAGGGUCCCAACCGGGGAGUUAUCAUCACCAUGCUGGUAACCUGUUCAGUUUGCUGCUAUCUCUUUUGGCUGAUUGCAAUUCUGGCCCAACUCAACCCUCUCUUUGGACCACAGUUGAAAAAUGAAACCAUCUGGUACCUCAAGUAUCAUUGGCCUUAAGGAGGAAGACCUGCUCGCCAGUGCUCCAUCAUUGAGGUCACGAAGAGAAUUCCUCUAGAUGCAAAGUCAACUCCAAACCCAGACCACCUUUGACUCGCCUCUUUCGGCCAUCAGCUGCCUUAAAUACUCACACCACAUUUGAAUAUCUUACUCUACAAUGCAGUAUUUUUUCCUGUUACCUUUUUUACAUUUCGACAAAUUAUGUGCCUACUUAAACCUAAACUGUGCUGACUCUCUACAGCGUUCAUGCACUCUUCUGAGCUAGAAGGUGCUGUUCUUCUGGGAAAUACAUUGCUUUCUCCUGGGAACCUGUGAAUUUGAAGAUGACUCCUGCAUGGUCACAGCAAGGGACUCAGCGAAGUGUUUAACUGUCACAAGACAGGAUCCAGUGGGGCAGUCAGUAGGAAAGCAGAGAGCAUGUUCAGAGGCAAUAUUUGUUCUAACAGAAUUAUACCAAAGUAUAUUUUCAGGAUGACUUUCUUAUUUCUGCCAUCUACUGGAAUAAAUUAUUUUUCUGCUUUCUGUGGAAA